UCCUCAGACGCCUCCGGACGACCAUGAAGGCUCUACGGCUGCUGCUGCUGCUCGCCCUGUGGGGGUUCUCCUCCUCGCUCAGCUUCCACGGAGACAGCGUCAGCUUCACGGCUCCUCAGAAGCAGACGGACGGGACGGUCCAGGUGACCUUCCAUCGCAGACUUAAUGGACGAAUCAGCUGUCAGAAUCAGUCGUCCUACACCUGUGAGAACGGGACGUGCACGAGCUUCAACGAGUCCAUCGUCAUGCAGACGGACCGGACCGGCACCGGGAGGGAGGAGUGGUGCCAGUCCGAGAGGCGCGUCACAGCCACCACCUCAAGCAGCAACACCUCCCUCUCCCUGAGGGACUCGGGCUGCUGCUGGACUUCUAAUGUUGAAGGAAAGACGAACUGGACUUCUUCUGCAGAGCUGGACUUGGGCAGCCGGUCCGACUCCAACGCCCUGAAUGGCUGUCCCGUCACGGCCACCGUGUCGUCGCUACGCGUGCCUCAGAACUGCUUCUCCAAGGUCCCCCUUCUGGCCCACGAUCCCGACGGAGACCUCGUGAAGUGCCGCUUCGCCUCCGACGCCGCGCCUCCCGCCAACUUCGCUCUGGACGAGACUGCGUGCGCGCUGACGGCCGACGGUCAAGUCGCCGUCGGCAACCACGUGUUUGAGCUGCUGCUGGAGGACUUUCCACGCAGAAGCAUCACGCUGACCUACGGGGACGGGACGGCGGUGUUGCGCGAGGCCGCGGACGCCACCGCGCCGCCUCUCUGCAAAGUGAAGCUGCAGUUCUCCAUCGAGAUCGUUCCUUCCGUCCCAAACUGUGAACCUGGUCAUGUGCGGCCCAGGUUCUUGUCCCAGACGCCGUCCAAUGGGGACCUUCUUUUUGCCACUGUGGGUCAGAACUUCCAGCUUUCUGCCCGAGCACAAGCCAGCCACGCCAGCAUCCGGGAGUUCCAGGUGAGCGGCCCCCAGAACAUGAGCAAAGCCUUCACAGACCAGCUGGAGGGAAAGGCUGAACUGACCCUGAGCUGGACCCCCCAGCCCAGAGACCUGUACAGAUCCGUGCCGGUCUGCUUCACGGCAGAGACCAAAGAAACACAAUCAGAUAUGAGGUGUGUCGUUGUCAUGGUGACCCAAGCGUCUCUCCUUCAAGGCAAGGCCAGUGUGACGUGCUCCCCCAACAAGAUGGUGGUGGUCCUGGAGAAAGCCUACAUGCCCGGCAUCGACGAGAACUUCCUGCAGCUGAGAGACUCGUCGUGCUCUCUCUCCUCCAACGACACUCACAUCGUGGGCGUCAUGUCAUUCAGCACCUGCGGCACCAAACUUGAGGAUCAAGGCGACUUUCUCGUUUUCAAGAACCAGAUAACCUCCUUCGUGCUGCCCAGCGAGAUUAUAGUCCGGAGAAAGAAACUUAAGAUCGACAUCUCGUGCCAGUUUCCGAAAACCAUCAGCAUCUCCAGCUACUUCAACCUCCACAAUUCUGACUACGUUUUCACCGAGUCCAGAUUCGGCAGCUUCGGCUACACUUUUGAAAUAUUCACCGACGGCAACUUUACGAGCAAGGUGGCCCCCAGCGCCUAUCCAGUGGAGGUCAAGCUGCUGGACAAGGUUUACAUGAGCAUUCAGGCGGAGGCGGAUCUGUCAAAUGUCAGUCUGUUUGUCGAAUCAUGCAAAGGCACCCCUGAUGACAACCCAAACAACAUCCUCUCCUAUGACCUCAUCAAGAACGGGUGUCAACAGGACGAGACAUUUAAAAUCCACCCAUCCAAUCAGACUUCAUUCAAAUUUGAGGUUCAAGCCUUCAAAUUUACUGGAAACUAUGACCAGGUGUACAUCACCUGCUCCGUCAUCCUGUGCGAGUCUGGGAGUUCCUUUUCCAGAUGUGCCCAGGGUUGUCUGGCGGAUCCAUCCCGGCGCAGACGCAAGCGUUGGGUGACCAAGGAGACAGUCGGACACUCCAUUACCCAGGGUCCUUUGCGGUUUGUCAUGCAGGCUGAUUCCAAUGCUGCUGUGGAAGAUAACAUCCCUUUGAUGAAAAAGAUUGAUCAGCCUGCUGCAGUGAAUCCUCCACCAGUGUAUCCACACAUUAAAGUCAGCGAAGGAGGUCUGGGAAUCAAGGAGACCCUCAACGCCAACAUCAGCACCGUGGUCUUAGCCAUUGCCUUCUUUGUGUUGCUGGUGUUGAUGGCUGUGGUUGUUGGCUACUUCAUUAAGAAGAGAAAAGAUGAAGACCGCAGAUCUCUUUUAGUUUCAGGUUGGGAGAACUAAACCCAACUCAUAUCAGUUGCUAUUUGUUUUAUUUUGUUAAAUGAUUGGUUCACCUUCUUUCGAGGUCUGUCUUACUAAAACAAUACUCAGAUGUGGAUUUAUUUAUCAUCCCUCCGGAUCAUAAUGGCCAUUAAACAUCUCUUCUUAAACGUAGGUUUGUAAUAUUGGAAAACUAGCAAAAGAACGCAACAAAUAAAACAAUUAUCCAACCCAGCCCAGUGUUGCCAACUCUUUUUCAAUGAAAGGAGCUGGUAGCACUUGCUCCAAAAGCCCCUUAAACUAGCUACAAGGUGGUCAAUCCCACAACACUGACCCUAACCCGUCAGGCCUCUCUCCAUAGUCACCCCCCCUGACUAAAUCCACACAACCCCCCUCCUCUGUAAAUUAAAGUCUGAAUAAGACAAAUAAAUUCAGUAUCUUCUAAAGUCUUUUUAGCUCAGAAGUCACUCUGUGUUUUCCCAGAAAGUUGCUUUGCUGGAGUGGUGGGAUAGCAACACAUGUUGUACUACAACAACAGUAACUUUGAAAGGUACCAAAUCAGACUCACAUCGGCCUUCAGAUCAGAGCUUUUCUAUUACAGUCUCUAUUUACAUAUAAUAUAAUUGGCAAUGGACAGUGGAAAUUCUUGUUUUGCGUUUUUUGGGCCUUAGAACAUGUGACGGCCAGAAUGAACAGGAGGGAUUAUUACAGCAAGCAAGACCUGUUUCUAUGUUCAUGUAACACAUCACUAUUGUCUUAAGACAGGCUAGAACAAUUCUAUGAUGGGGCGUCCUGGUGGUGGAUUGGUCUGCGAUGCAUAAUGACUACAUAUAUUGUUAGUGCAUUGCAUCGUACAGAACAAAGCUAAUGACUUAUCUCUUGGAAUUGGUUUUGAUUGAUCUUUAUGGUUGUUUUCCCCACAGUUAGCAAACCAGCCACACCCCCACCUGCAGCUCGGUGUUAACUGAACCAGUUAUAGG